ACAAACAGCUGAGAGAAAACGAAGCUAAAUCCUAUCAGUGUUCGUGGUAAAAUGGCAGAAGCCAGAGUUGCAGUGGAUGUAAAUGAGUUCAGCUGUGCAAUCUGUCUGGAUCCACUAAAGGAUCCAGUUACUAUUCCAUGUGGACACAGUUACUGUAUGAGCUGCAUCAAGAGCUGCUGGGAUCAGGAGGAUCUUGCUGGAGUUUACAGCUGCCCCCAGUGCAGAAAGACCUUCGUACCCAGACCUGUUCUGGGCAGAAACACCAUACUGGCUGAAAUGAUGGAGAAACUGAACAAGACUGGACAACAAGCAGCUACUCCUGCUGACCAGUAUGCUGGACCCGGAGAUGUGGAGUGUAACAUCUGUACUGGGAGAAAACGCAAAGCUGUCAAGUCCUGCCUGGUGUGUCUGGCUUCCUACUGUGAAACUGACGUGCAGCUUCACAAUAAACUCCACCAUGCAAAGCAGCACAAGCUCAUUGAUGCCAUCAGUCAUCUAAAGGACAAGGUCUGUUCCCACCAUGACAAACCCCUGGAGAUCUACUGCCGCACCGACCAGCAGUGUAUCUGUUAUCUCUGUACGAUGGAUGAACACAGAGGCCAUGAUACAGUCUCAGCCGCUGCAGGAUGGGCGGAGAAACAGAAACAAAUGGGUGAAACAAAGAGGGAAUUUCAGCAGAGAAUUCAGAUGAGAGAGAAGGAGCUGCAGGAGCUGAAUGAGGCUGUGGACUCAAUCACAAGCUCAGCACAGUCAGCAGUGGAGGACAGCGAGAGGAUCUUCACUGAGAUGAUCCAGGAGAUUGAUGAACUGAAGAGGAGACACUCUGAGCUGGAGCAGCUUUCACACACAGAGGAUCACAUCCAUGUCCUCCAGAGGUACCAGGGUCCUCCUGUCACCCCUGAAGCUGGAUUUGGACCCAGAAUCACCGUCAGUACACGCUGCUCUUUUGAGAAUGUGAAGAAGGUGGUUACUGAAAUGAAGGAUCAACUGGAGAAUGUUUGCAAAAAGAAAAUGACAGAGAUCAAUCAUACAGUUACCAAAGACGCCUUCCUACCAGUAUUAGUGCCCAGGACCAGAGCAGAAUUCUUACAAUAUUCCUGUCAGCUCACUCUGGACCCCAACACAGCAAACAGAAACCUCCAUCUGUCUGAGGGGAACAGAGUGGUGACAUGGAAGGAAGAGACACAGUCAUAUCCUGAUCACCAGGAGAGGUUUGACUCACGCCUUCAAGUGCUGUGUGCAGAGGGUCUGACUGGGCGCUGCUACUGGGAGGUUGAGUGGAGCGGGUGUUCGAUCGAUAUAGCCGUCACAUAUAAAGGGAUCAACAGGAAAGGACUGGGAGUGGACAGUGGGUUUGGAUACAAUGACAAGUCCUGGUGUUUGUCCUGCUCAACCUCCAGUUACUCAUUCUGGCACAAUAAUGAGGAAACUGCAGUAUCUGGCCCCCCCUCCCCCAGGAUAGGAGUGUAUCUGGAUCACAGGGCAGGAACUCUGUCCUUCUACAGAGUCUCUGACACAGUGACCCUCCUGCACAGGGUCCAGACCACAUUCACUAAACCCCUCUAUCCUGGGUUUGGGCUUUGGGACAGUACAGCCAAACUGUGCUAAGUAAGCUAACUAAUGUAUCUUUAAAUUUGAUGUAUUUAAUAUUUUGUGUCAAAUAAUGGAUAUUAAAAUAAAUAUAAUUAAAACCACAGUUUUACAGAUUUCUUAUAAAUUAUGCCUUUUGGCCAUUUAUAUGUGGAAAUAAAAUAAUAAUCAAUACUUUUCUAAGUUUUUAUGUGAAAUUUCUGUGCAGUGACCUCGAACCUUGCUCCCACCUGUAUGUGUGUCUGUGUGUAUUCAUUUAAAUAACACUAACAGGUUUUGUUAGCAUAUCGUUCAAAAUUAUUCCUUCUGUCCAAUGAAAAUUAUUAUAUUUGUCAAAUAAUUUUUAUGCAGUAAUUUAUACUUUUUAUGGAUAUUAUAAUCUGUAUAAGUUCAUCAGUUGUCACGCUUUUGUCAUGUAAGAUAUCUGUAUGAAUAAUUAAAGAUUCCUUUAAUAGGGAUAAUGCUGAAGUUUUUACAUAAUUUAUGUAUUUUACACGGUUGACAUUUGGGAAAACCAAUUAACUGAUAUAAUUUCUUAGCAUUUUACAUUGUUUUCUUACUCUACCUAUCAUUCUGCAUGUUGCUGUUAUAUAAAUAUAUAUAAACUUGUGCCCUGUGCUGCCUGGAAUUGGCUCCCUGAUCUGUAUAAGGUGGGUAUCAAACAUGGAUGAAGGUUUAUACCCAACACGUGUUGAGUGUAUCUCUCUUUGCAUCAGCGGACUGUGGACCUUGGACCAAAACAUCACAAGUUAUUAUGAACUAAACCACAAGACCCACUAAAAUAUCCAUGUGUGUGUAUUUUAGAAUCAAGAUUAGCGAAAAUAAAAAUGACAUGGAUUCUGUGAAAGUCAGCUCUGAAAA